GGUGCGUGCAGCCGUCCAUUUUUUCAACGUUUCAAGUUUCAACUCUCUGUACCAAAAAAGGGUAGUGGCAAACAUAUAUGCAGACAUAGUGGCGCUGAUCGCAUACGACCUGCGGAGCUGGACUCUUGUCGUCACGACGACUGCCAACGCGCCCAUCCUUCAAAGCGGAGCUUAGGCAAUAAUAGAAGUACAAGCUGGAUAGGCGCACCGGAGGGUCACCGCCUCCGUGCGGUGCGGUGCGGUGCGCCCGGCCUAUGCGCUAGCAGCCCCCGCCCCCCGGGCCCCGCCCCCUGGUGAAGUUCGUGACGGCGCCCCGAAUUUGAGGGUGAACCAGCGCGGCUUGGUCCAUAGCAGAACUACCUCACUGUGGACGAAUGAGGAUUGCGGCCAUUGACGUGCUGGCCUGGGUGCUGAAUGUCGCCAGCUCCGUGGCCAUCGUGUUUGUGAACAAGUGGCUGAUGGACCCGGUCCGCGGCCACGGCUUCGUGUUCGCCACCUGCCUGUCCGCGGCCCACUUCCUGGCCACCGGGGCCGUGUGCUAUACCGGCGAGCUCCUGGGGCUGGUGAAGACGGCGGAGAUACCCAUACUGCAGCUGAUGCUGUACACGGCGGUGGCGUCGGCGUCCAUCGCGUCAGUCAACCUGUCGCUGCUGUACAACUCGGUGGGCUUCUACCAGAUCUCCAAACUGGCCACCAUACCCGUAGUGGCGGCGCUGGAGGCCGUGUGGUGCGGGCGCCGCUUCAGCACGCCUACACUGAUGUCCAUGGCGGCGGUGGCCAUUGGCUCCGGCAUUGUCACGAUAUCGGACGUGUCACUUCGGUUUACCGGCUUUGUGAUCGCUGCCAUCAGCGUGGUGACUGCGGCGCUGCAGCAGAUAGGCGUGGGCGCCCUGCAGCGCCAGAACGCCGUGGGGCCGGUGGAGACGCUGGCGGCCACAGCGCCGGUGCAGGGAAUGUGCCUUGCCGCGUUCGGGCCCUCCAUAGACUACAGCCUCCGCCGCGCCUGGGUGUUCAGGUACCCGUUCACUGUGUCCACCGGCGGCAUCCUGGCGCUGUCCUGUGUGGUGGCACUGCUGGUCAACCUGUCGCAGUUCAUGUGCCUGGGCCGCUUCAGCGCCGCCACCUUCCAGGUCAUGUCGCACACCAAGACCAUCAGCGUGCUGCUGCUGGGCUGGGCGUUCAUGGGCGACGUCAUGAGCCCGCGCAAGGUGGUGGGUGUCGUGGUGGCGGUGGGCGGCAUGGUGGCCUACUCCCACUUUGCCAGCCUGCCGCUGCCGCCUGGGCUGGCAGACCGGCCCGCCAGCGGCUGGGGGCUGGCGGACAAGCGGGGUGGCGGCUCGGGGGCCGGCGCACACCCGCUGGACGAGGAGAAGGCUGCGGCGGUGGUGGCGGGUGACGAGCGGACGCGGCUGCUUGGCGGCACCGACAGGAAAUAUUGAGGAGCUACACACGGCUGCUCCAUCCAGUUAUCCGAGUGCGGUGUCACAAUGAGCAUGGCUGUGCGCGGAGCUGUCGGCUGCCCCGCCCUCGACCGGUGGUUAUGACCGUGGUGGAGUGCAGAAGAACGUACGGCCAUGCCCAAGGGGCUGUGUUGCUUGGCUGCUGCGAGAGUCGUGCUGGCCCGCAUGGUGGCACGGGCCCACCCUCGUGUGCCAUGGGUGUGUGCAUGCGUUGGAACACGAGCGUUUGGGUGUCCGGAGACACGCGAGUGAUUGUCCAACGGUCCAGUUGUUCGUACUCCUUGUUGGCAAUGCAAUAGCUUGGCGUAGGACUUGCACGUGGUGUGGCCAAUCCACAUCAGGAAGCCUGGCAUGGCCACGCGUGCAGCGACUGGUGUGCGGGCAACAUCGAAGUGGCGGAAACUGGCAAAUGACAAGGGUGACGCCGUGAAGGCAAUGUGUCCCUUACGCAGCGAGGCGUUGCGGUUGUUUGCCGCGUGAAGUUGCAAUGGCCUUGGGGUAGCUGUGGGCAGCCGCCAAGGCAAAGGCAAGCGAGUGUGCAGAGGUCGGCCAGGUGCGGCGGCCAGCCGGCAAGCCAGCCGGCCACUCCUGUCGGACCUGGCCCGGUUGCGUUUGCCACGACCCAGACUCUGGGCUCAGCUUCAACUCAGUCGCCA